UGCUCAUUAUUUCCGACUACAGCGGGAGGCGAAGCGCCAAACUCGAAAUUCGGUGCUCGCUUGCAAAUCUGGGGUCAGAAUUAAAGCUGAAACGGACGAAUUUCGGUGAUUAAUUGUCGGAUUAUGAACUAGACAUGACGGAAUUACUCUUUAACAAGACUUUACAGGUCCAAGUGAAGUGUAAAGAUUGCGACGACAGGCGGUCGUUUAUUCGUGUCAGUACUGAACUGCACCUUACUUCAAACCCCAUCCACAAAAAGGAUCUAGUGGUGAGGUUGACUGACGAUGCUGAUCUCUACUUUCUGUAUAACCUUGUAAUAUCAGAGGAGGAUUUCCAAAGUUUAAAAGUCCAGCAGGGUCUGCUUAUAGACUUCACUUCAUUUCCUCAGAAGUUUAUAGACCUAUUAGACCAGUGUAUCUCCGAGCAGGACAGAGAGAACCCAAGGUUUCUGCUACAGCUUUCCUCCACCUCCUCUGCAUUGAACCACAGCCCUGCAAAUCUUAAUAUAGUGGAGACCAAUGCGUUCAAGCACCUCACCCAUCUGUCUCUAAAACUGCUGCCUGGCUCGGACGUCGAAGUAAAGAAAUACUUGGCCACUUGUUUAGCCACAGUGAAGGAAGAAAAGGAGCAGCUGCGUCAGAGACUGGGGAAAACUGAGGAGGAUCUGUCUAGACAGCUGAAUUAUGCGCAGCAGACUCUGUCUGAAAAGAGCCGUGAGCUGGACAAACUGAGAUCAGAAUGGACCUCUCAGACGACCUCUCUGUCUAGCAGACACACACAAGAUCUCUCAGCAGAGCGAGAAAAGGCUCUUGAGAUCCAAACGAGGCUACAGCAACAGAAUGAUCAGCUGCGGCGGGAGCUGGAGUCAGCUCACCAAAGGAGCACCCAGCAGCUUCAGACCAGGCUCUCUGAACUGGAAGCCUCUAACAGGGAUCUCACUGAGAAGAAAUACAAGAGCGACUCCACCAUCCGAGACCUGAAGGCCAAAGUGCUCGGCCUGGAGGAGGAGUCACAGAGGGCAAAGCAGCAAGUCAUUUCACUUCGUAGAGAAAACGGCACCCUCGACACAGAGUGCCAUGACAAAGAGCGGCUGAUUAAUCAGCUGCAGACGCGAGUGGCUGUUCUGGAGCAGGAAAUCAAAGACAAGGACCAACUCGUUCUCCGAACCAAGGAGGUGCUUGAGGCUACACAGCAACAGAAGAAUUCAGUUGAAGAAACCUCUGAAAAUAAACAGCAUCACAUUGGAAAGUUGGAAGCCACUGUGAAAUCAUUGUCUGAGGAGCUUAUUAAGGCAAAUGGUAUCAUUAAGAAGCUUCAGGGUGAUCUAAAGGCCCUUGUGGGGAAAAUAAAGGUGAAGAACACUGUGACUGUGUCUCAGGAGAAGGUCCUACAGGAGACCACGGAAAAGCUGCAGAGAGAACAGAGAGAACUGCAGGAAACCCAGCAGAAACUGCGACUAAGAGAAGAAGAGGUAUCUAAACUAAGAGAACAGCUGGAAGCCACAGUUCAAAAAUUAGAUGAAAGUCGGGAGGUGUUAAAAACAAAUGAAAAUGUGAUAACGUGGCUGAAUAAGCAGCUGAAUGAGAACCAGUUGUCCAGGAAGCAGGAGGCAGUGGGCGUGUUCGAGACACCACAGGCUGCUGCAGGGUUGAGGCUGGGAACUCACAAUAUGCUUGAUAGUAAAAGUUUUCCCUCCUUCGGCCAGCCGUACCCUGUAACUUCCACCUUAAACUCCAAACACUCGUUUCCUCUGUCGAGUCUGAGCACUGGACCCCGCUCGGUUCUGACUCUGCACAACCAGACCACUGGACCAAAGGUGCAGUUUAACCCAAUGAGUUCCAAACCCUGCUUGUCUGCGGUGGAGGUGGGCAGUGUAAAUCCCACAGUGCAGCAGCAACAGAACUCCAAUAAAGAGAAUGGUGAGCCUCUUGGAUUGGAUUCAAAAUACUUUGAGAGACGAGAUGAUAGCAUCCCCCUGCGUGGCCUCCUACCCAGCAUGCAUUUAAAUAAAGAUAUUACCAAACCCUCUUUAAACCUGGGUGGAGUGAAACCUCCGCUUCAGUCUGUGCCUUCAGCAUAUUUCCCAGGAUGACCCUUGCCAUGCCUCGUUUAGAGCUCUAAUUCACCACCAGCUGAUCCACAUGAAAACAAUCCAGUGGUGGAAAGACCUUUACACAGACACAUCUACAGUUACAUCUCUGUGUUACCCUUAUGUGUGUUGUGUGUUUAAGUCCUUUUUGUUUUUCAAGUUAUUUAUUAAAACUAUGAUUUUAACCCCUUAUUAAUUUGCAGCUCAGUUGUUUUGCACAUUUUUUUGGUUGCUGUGAAACUGUUUCAGUGUGAGUUCAGUAUAGAAACAUGUUUGGGAGUUAUUUUAUGCUUUGUAUGGUGCUAAAUUAAUAUUCUUUCCAUUUCAAGUGUUACAUUAUAAAGACUGAGCCUAAAAUUAUUUAAUCUGGUUGUCUAAGGAUAAACUGUUGAAUGGAAGACUUUCAACAUGCAGACUGAAUUUUGUCACAGUGUUUUGAUUGCUUCUACUCUGCAUAACAAUUUUCCUCAAGGAGAAUAUUUUCUUGUUUUUCCUCAUUUUCUCUUACAAAUCUAAGUAUAUUGAUAUUCUGUCAAACUUUUGAAUUCGUAAAAUGUAUAUUAUUUAGUAUUGAUUUUGAUACAAGUACACAUAGGGAUGUACUUUCUUGAAAUCUUUAGAUUAAAUUAAAUAAGUUCUACACUAUGUAUCUGUAAAAUAUGUAAACAUCAUUUUAAACAUUAAUUUGAGAUGUCUCAAUUUUUAAUACUAUUAGGAUCAUACUUGCUCACUUCAUAUAACUGGAUCCUAUCCUUAUGCCACAUGCAUUUUUACACUAGUAGUCAAAUAUGUUUUUCAAUUUGUCAGACUGAAAUCUGAUUGCAGUGUAGGGCAGAACAUGCAGAUUGAUUGCUUGUUAUGCAGCAAUUAUUACUAGUAAUUCUACUGUUAAAUGCAAUACCGAUCAAGCAUGCCUCAGUUGUGUCUUACAUCAUCUCCUAAAGUGGUUAUUUAGAUAUAAAUCUCAUACUCAAGACACAUGUUUAAACAUAGUUAAAGAGACAGUAAAGAUAGCCAAAAGUGGUCUAACACACAUUUUAAAUCAUACAAUAUAGAGUUGUCUCACGAUCUGUGUUAAAGGUAAAUUAUUACUUGAGGUAAAGCUUUACCAAUUUAAAUAGAAUUUAACUAUUUUUAAGAGGACACAGAUGAGAAUCAGUAAUUAUUACAGAGUCUGAAAUGGCAGCUUUUUCAUCUACAUUAGAACAAAGGUGUAGAAUUUUUGUGCUUUUCUGUGUACAGAUGUGUAUAAUUCAAAACUUGAGUGUCUUGAUUAAUCGUGUGUGUAUACACUUCUCUAUCCAGGACUCUUGAUUUAAUAAACUAUUUUUCCAAAGCCCA